AUGACCACGGCAAAUGCUGCCAAUGCGCCCGGCAGCCAUGCAGCAGCUGCAGCAGCUGCUCCCAUCGGCGAAGGUCUGGUGGGCCUGUCAGCUGUACCCAAAGCAAGCGUGGAAUUCACGACCAUUCGAGAUGAUGAAGUGGACUCCUCAGCUGUUCCGAAAGCAUCCAUUGUCACGGACAUGAAGAAGAAAGAGAAGAAAGAAGCUCCCAAGACAGCUGCGAUGCGCAAUCUGGGAUUGAACGAGCUGCGCCUCCCCACUGUGGAAGAGGAAGUUAUUGACGAGUUUCAUCCAGCAGUUUGCGCGGGCCAGUCACUCCAGGCUGCUAUUACUCUGGCAGGCCUCAGUAUCAAGGUGGGCGCUGCCAUGCGCGAAUGCAACCAGUGGUUCUACAGGCCGCCGUACGCUGACAUCAAAAACCUCACCACCGGCAAGACGGUGCAAAUCGACGAAGGCGUGCCAGCUAUCAGAAAUGGGCGUCGCCUGAAGCUGAAGGACGCGGAACGCAUUACCUUUUUCUGGGCACCCAAGCAGCUCAUAAAAGAAGGAGUCUUUGCGGAAGCCUUUGAGCAAGCUACCAGCAUCGCCAGGCUGGAGCAGGGUGAUGUGGCUGCUGCAGCGCAGGUGAGAGCAGUGCGCCAUCCCGGUCCUCCGAAUGCGCUGGUCUCUGACUUGCCAUCCAGCUUCGAGGCAGAGCUCCAAGAACUGGAAGUCGACAGCAGGUUGGCCAUUGUAGACUCUUCCUUGGCCAGCGCUGAGUCGGAUGAUGCAUCUGCAAACAUGCAUAGGAAAACGCAUGAGACCGCCUACAACAUCACAGAAUUUGAUCUCUCCUUGGACAACAUGAGCUUCAGAUUGGGCGAUGAGUGGACACUUGAGGGCUGGCACUACUUCUUGGCUAAUGCAGGCGUGAUUUGGGACACGCGUACUCGCCUCGGUAACACGACGAUGUCGGGGCUUGCAGUAGUUCUUUCCAACAACGGGUCAAUCGCUUUGAUGGUGCAGCCGCGUGGAGGCGCGCCCUUCGCGUACUCCUGCCCGAAUCCCGUUCCUCUGAAGACAUGGGUGCACGUUGCCUGCCAACGCCGGGGAUCCUUCUUGGACUUUGUUUUGAACGGCACCCAAGUCUGUACCAUGCCGACACCGGCCGAGCUGGACAAUCUGGAACCACAGACUAUGGUGAGGAUCGGCCGUGCAGCAACCAACGAUACGGAUUCCAGCCUGCAUGCCCUCAUCUCGAACAUGCGGCUGUCGACCAAAGCUUUCUACGAUAAGUCGACUUCUGAACCACCACGACAUUUGGAUCUGCACCCAAAAACGCAGUUUCUUCUCCACGGAGGAUAUUUGGAGCAAGUGAGCAUGCGCCCUCUUCUCAUCUCAGGACAUGGCUUGAUGGAGGGUGUGGUGAACCAUGGAGGGCCCACAAGGAAGCUCAAGCAUCCUCCAAUGCGCGGGCUUCAGCUGAACGUUUUCCCUGACCAGGACCGAGCUCUUCCAGGUGGCUUGCCAGAAAAAUGGGGUCCUCAAGCCGGCAGGAGGUCAGCUUAUUGCGCGCGAACGGUCCUGACAAUCAUCAAGGAUGCUGGAACCAUUGCCUCGGCGAUUGAAACUAACCUCGCGGUUUGCGCCGAAGCGAAGCUCGUGGGCCAAGAGUGCGCUAAGGGCGCCACGCGAUCGAUCCGAGCUGCGUCAAAUGCGGCAAAGUACCUGGCGGAGCUGCCUGUGCGUGGCUGCAACCAACAAUGGUUCCGGGGCUACUACAAGUGCGGCGAGCGUCUGGAGGGUGCGUCGUGGGAGUUCGAUGCUCUGGGUACCGAGCUGGGUGAGACAGUGGAAGCCUGCAAUGACUUGGACCUUGAUCUCCGUCACAUCAGAAGGAAGGACUCCCCCAUUCAGACAGAUUACAACUGGGGCGCCUGUGCCGGUGAAGUUGCUUCCUCGGCUGGCUACGCAUCCACGGCUGGUAUGUACCUUGGCACCGCUGUGGGAUUUGACUGUCCGUCGGCGCUGGGUCUUGACAAGAAGAAGGCCGCACAAGACGCUGCGCUGGAACCUCCCUAUGCGUUCCCGCGCGGCUACACUCCUGCGGAAGAGGCCAGGGAUCUCUGUGCUCAGGAAUCACUGGGAUUCGUACGGACCCUCUUCUUGUCUGGUACCAAGGCCGCCCGAGCCGGCGGAAGUUGUUCCAACACCGGCACAGUCUGUUCGCAGAACAUUCUCCUUGCCAUGGCAGCCUUUGCGGGCAUCGGUCAGGUUGGGGCAAUUGUCCACGACAAAUGUCUGCCACUCCGAAGAUGCUGCGCGUACGAUCGCAACGAAGAAGACUUUGCUUCGUAG